ACGGACUCACAGAUGAACAGAAGGAGUUUCAAAAAGUGGCCUUUGACUUUGCAGCCAAUGAAAUGGCCCCACACAUGGCGGAGUGGGACCAAAAGGAAAUCUUUCCAGUGGAGACGAUGCGUAAAGCGGCCCAGCUGGGUUUCGGUGGGAUUUACGUUCAGCCAGAUGUCGGAGGAUCUGGCCUUUCUCGGCUGGACACGUCGAUCAUCUUUGAGGCUUUGUCCACGGGAUGUGUGAGCACCACAGCCUACAUCAGCAUCCACAACAUGUGUGCCUGGAUGAUAGACAGCUAUGGCAAUAAAGAGCAAAGGGAAAAGUUUUGUCCUGAUCUCUGUUCUAUGGAGAAGUUUGCCUCCUAUUGUCUCACUGAACCAGCUGUCUAUGUGGGCUGGAACUGUCAGCCGACCAGGGCCGUGAUAUUUGAGGACUGUGCGGUUCCAGUGGCGAACCGGCUCGGUGAGGAAGGACAGGGCUUCAACAUCGCAAUGAAAGGCCUGAAUGGAGGCAGGAUUAACAUUGCUUCCUGUUCUCUUGGGGCGGCACAUGCUUCUGUGCAGCUGGCGAGGGAUCACCUGUUAGUGCGCAAGCAGUUUGGAGAAACACUCUCAAACAACCAGUUUCUUCAGUUCAAACUGGCAGAAAUGGCCACCAAGUUGGUUGCGUCUCGCCUUUUGAUACGUGAAGCAGCGCAGGCGUUGCAGGAGGACCGCCCCGAUGCUGUUGCCAUCUGCUCCAUGGCCAAGCUCUUUGCCACAGACGAGUGCUUUAAUAUCUGCAACCAGGCUCUUCAGAUGCACGGUGGGUACGGUUACCUUAAAGACUACGCAGUGCAGCAGUUUGUCCGGGACAUCAGAGUCCACCAGAUCCUAGAAGGAACCAAUGAAGUGAUGAGGAUGAUCAUUUCCCGAAAUCUGCUGUCGGAGUCGUGAUAAAGCUCGUCCUCUGGAUUUAAACUGACCAUGUUGUUAUGGUCUUCAUAUCUGGUUUGUUACAGUAUGACUGGUGCUGCCCUCACUUGAAUGUAUGUUCAUCCACCCACCCUCCAUCUAAUAACCCUCGCAAAUCAUCAUCAUUGUCAUAAAUAAACCCUUUAGACCCCAUGUUUGAAUGUGGACACCACAUCAGAUGUAAUGUAAGUUAGCACAACCAACUUCAGUGUAGUUUUUUCAAUCCUUCUGUCACAAAUCACCCUUGACACUCGUCUCCAACUGCUCCACCCUGCUGGCACUCCGUCUGUUGCUUUGAAGGGUUUACCCCAGGUAAUUAAACUCAUCCACCAGCGACGGAGAGAUGACAGAGGAAAAAGUAAUAAGAAAAAGUAACAGUUCAUAAAAUCCCAGCAUCACUGUCCCUAAAGUGGUCUUUCAAUCCUUAUGUAUAUUCAUAGUUAUUGCAAUUUUACUGUAUUUCAUCCUUUUCUUUGCUUUUUGCAGAAUUACAGAAAUAUGUCACAGGUGCUGUGAAGGUUAUAUAAUGAAAUGUUACACUCCAAAUAAAGCUUUCUUAAAUUGA